AGCCACCGCCACCCACAACGCCAUGUCCGACCACCAAGCCAUCGCAGCGAGGCACGCCGCCCUCCCCGCGUUCUCCCCGUCCGUCCCAGCAGGCCUCCUCCCUUACCUCGCCUUCCUCCUCCUCACAGCCACCUUCGCCCUGGCGUUCUACUUCUCCACACUACCAAAAGACAAGAUCCCCAUCCGCGAAGCAGCCGUCGCCUCCCUCGCCAGCGUCCUCGGCGGCGUCGGCGUCGUCGCCCUCUUCUGCACCGCCGGCGUGUACCUGUAGAUGCGCGGACGCUCUGUGAUGCCCUGGGUAUGAUCCCCGUCUGCCCUCUCGCCCAGCGGAGCUCCUCAGUUGUUGACACGCCAGCCGUAUUUACACUUCACGCACUGUCCGCCGCAAGUUCGUCAGCACAGCAUCCAGGAACCUGUAUUCUCUCGCACUCACGGUAUAAAAGAUGGUUGACCCUUC